UUGACUCUGUCAAGAAGAUACAAAAAAAUCAUUCUAAAAACCAAGAAAAAUAAAUAGAAACGUUGUUAUUCAUUGAAGCUUGACCGAACUCAAAAUCAGAUUCGAGAUGAGUGACGACGGAGGGAAACCGGCGCCGGCGAGACUAGGCGACGAGCAAUUAGCGGAGCUUCGGGAGAUAUUCCGAUCAUUUGACCAGAACAAGGAUGGGAGUUUGACGGAGCUCGAGUUAGGCUCACUCCUAAGAUCUCUCGGUUUAAAGCCGAGUCACGACCAGCUCGACACCUUGAUCCAUAAAGCAGAUCGGAACAACAACGGUCUGGUCGAGUUUUCCGAGUUCGUCGCUCUCGUCGAGCCGGAUCUGGUCAAGUGUCCUUACACGGAUGAACAGCUCAAAGCCAUCUUCAAAAUGUUCGAUCGCGACGGAAACGGUUACAUAACGGCGGCGGAGCUAGCGCACUCGAUGGCGAAGCNAUUUUUUGUAUUGUCAAAGUGCCAAAGUGCAAAAUAA